CUGGACUGAGCGGAAGGCGGAUCGGUCGGUCGGUGCUCGGUGUUUGUCGGUAAUUAUCGAUCUGUAUGAAUUAUAUCGAUAUUAUUUAUUUCUCUGGAUUGUAGUGAAGAAUCGUGUGGGGUUUGGAGCUGAUGUGGAGGAUACUGGAGGCGCUGGGCCGGAUGGAGGAAGGUCUGGUGUGGAUGGUGAGCUGGUUUAUCACUGCGGAUCAGACGGACGACUGAAAGAUCGAAGCUCCGAACAUCGACGAUUCUUCUCUAACCGUCUUAUUCAUAUCGCGGUUCUCGGUUAUACUGAUCAGUUAUAGAUCUGGAACAUUGCUGCUGUCAUAUUAGGAACCAGGAACUUCCUAAAUUCUCUACAGGAUGAACCACCUGUCGCUGAGCGAGCUGUGCUGCCUGUUCUGCUGGCCGCCGUGCCCGAGCAAGAUCGCGUCCAAGCUGGCCUUCCUGCCGCCGGAGCCCACGUACAGCCUGCUGAGCGACGAGAGCGGCACGCGCUGGACCCUGCACCUGUCCGAGCGCUCCGAGUGGCAGUACUCGACCCGGGAGAAGGACUCCAUCGAGUGCUUCAUGACGCGCACGUCGCGCGGCAGCCGCAUCGCCUGCAUGUUCGUGCGCUGCUCGCCCAGCGCCCGCUACACGCUGCUGUUCUCGCACGGGAACGCCGUGGACCUGGGCCAGAUGAGCAGCUUCUACGUGGGGCUGGGCUCGCGCAUCAACUGCAACAUCUUCUCCUACGACUACUCGGGCUACGGCGCCAGCUCGGGCAAGCCGUCCGAGAAGAACCUGUACGCCGACGUGGACGCCGCCUGGCACGCCCUCCGCAGCAGGUACGGCAUCCGCCCGGAGAACGUGAUCGUGUACGGGCAGAGCAUCGGCACGGUGCCCUCCGUGGACCUGGCGGCGCGGUACGAGAGCGCCGCCGUCAUCCUGCACUCCCCCCUCACCUCGGGCAUGAGGGUGGCCUUCCCCGACACCAAAAAGACCUACUGCUUCGACGCCUUUCCCAACAUCGACAAGAUCUCCAAGGUGACGUCACCGGUGCUGGUGAUCCACGGCACCGAGGACGAGGUGAUCGACUUCUCUCACGGCCUGGCCCUGUACGAGCGCUGCCAGCGACCCGUCGAGCCGCUCUGGGUGGAGGGAGCCGGGCACAACGACGUCGAGCUCUACGGCCAGUACCUCGAGAGACUCAAGCAGUUCGUCAGCCAAGAGCUCGUCAACCUGUAGGGCGCACCUACGUGGUCGCCGGGCGACCGCUGGCGCGGACUCUGUAGCUUUUUGUUUGUUUGUUUUUUUACGGGUUCGUUUGUGUUCAGGACCAGCAGGGUGCCGGCGAGCACCCCGGCUGCCUUCUGAAGGGUGCUGGUGUCGCCGGUACCCAUCUCGACGGGGUCACGACUCCACCAAAAGUAUGUGGACGCCCUCGGGAGCUAUUUGGGUUCUUAUGUUUCAGAUCCAUUGCUAACAGUUGUGUCAUUUUAAUCAUGUAAAAUAAACGAUGUACCUCUGGCUUUGUGGCCCUGACAGAAGAGGCACAAAUUCCCACAGACACACUCCAAAAUUUGGAGGAAAACUUUUGAAAAGAAGGUUGCGCGAUUUUUGGCAGGAGCGCGCUUGCAGGAGUACAAAAUAAUCUGGUCAUUAUAAAAUGGCAGAUGGGCACAAAUUCCCACACACACACUCCAAAAUAUUACAAUAAGCCUUCUCAAGGAGAGGGAAGGUUUUGAAAUAGGAUGUCCACCAAAUUCCACAUACUUUUGGCCAUAACGUGCAUUUUUGCGGGCAUUUGUUGUGCCAAGUGUUUGUGAGUUGGUACGUGACGGGCACGGUGAGGUCGCUGCCCAUUUGCCCCUUACGUCCAGCGUGCCCUUUUGGUUACCACGUUACAUGGCUGGGAGUCAACCCCAGGAGUCGACUCCUACACCAAAUUCAGGCGUCCACAUACUUUUGGCCAUAACGUACAGUGGGCCUUCAUUGUGCCAAGUGCUCGUGAGCUGGUACUUGAUGGGCACUGUGAGGUCGCUGCCCAGUUGACCCUUACGUCCGGAGUGCCGUUUUUGUACCAAAUGACACGGGCCCCCCCAGGAGUCGACUCCUGCAUUUUAUGUCUUUUCACAGUGAGUCGAUUCUGAAUUUUUGGAAUCGGUUCUUUUUGCGAUUCGGAGUGCCGUUUUGUACCAAAUGACAUGGCUAGGAGUCGACCCCAGGAGUCGGCUCCUACUUUUUACUCCCUUUAACAGAGUCGAUUCUGAAUCUUUGGAAUCGGUUCUUUUCACGAUUCGGCUGCGUUUUACGAUAUAAAUCCUUGUUUCUCAAUAAAUAAUCGGUUCCUGGUUUAUUUACCGCAUCGCCCUGUGACUUUACAGCUGAUUUUGGGUACGAGGUUGUGCAGAAAGUGAAAAAAAUGUGAAAAUAUGACGGGUUUGUGCCACAGUGUUAGUUAGUUAGCUUAGCAUGACAGGUAGCCGGACUGGUUCAGAUGAAUCAUGUCCUGAAGAUGCUGUUGAUCUGUAGCUGGAAUAUUAAACGUCAUGUAUUAAAUCUGUCUAUUCCAGACGACUGUUUGUAAAUAUUCACAAUUUCUAUAAUGUUUUUGUUUUGUUUUACUAAUGAGAAUACUAACGAUGCAGAUUAAUCCAGAUAGAAAUGAACCGAAUCCUGAUUUUGUGAUGGUCAGCUUAUCAUUAUGGACACUUAUAACUCUUGUACUCGUGUUCAUGAUCUUAUUCUUUCUUAUUUUAUAAACUCCUUUCGUUUUUUUGGAAGGAACCUGUAACAUACAGACGAAAGUCUCGAGGCUAGCUCUAAUAUUAAUAAUAAUAAAUGAACUGAUGAAAUAAAAGAAAUGAAAAAUCA